AUGGGGAAUUGCCAGGCGGUGGAUAUGGCGGCGCUGGUUAUACAACAUCCGAGCGGGAAGCAAGAGAGGAUGUAUUGGCCGGUAACAGCUAGUGAGGUGAUGAAGACGAACCCGGGCCAUUACGUGUCCAUCAUAAUCCCCUUUCCGGAUUCCAGCGAGAAUCCAAACGAGAGCAAGACCGUUAGGUACACUCGUGUCAAGCUCCUCCGGCCACACGAUAUUCUAGUUCUUGGUCGAGCAUAUCGGCUAGUCACCACUCAAGAGGUUAUGAAAGUGGUUAACGCAAAGAAGCAAGCGAAGAUUAAGAAAAAUGAACCGGAAUCGAGACCUGAAAAGCAGAGGAGUAGUUCUCAGGCAGAAGCAGAGAACGAUCACACGGUCACGAGACAAGGAAAGCCAAGAUCAUGGCGGCCAUCUUUACAUAGCAUCUCAGAAUCUGGAAGCUGA